AACCCCCAUCCCACUCCAGUCUGACUCCGGUUGACUCUCGGGCUCCACACAGGAAGAGAGGCUCAAAUCGAAAAGUUCUGCUGGAUAAAGUGUCUGGUUGGAAAGCUUUUGAUAAAAGGAGCUCCAAAGCCAAUUGAAAGGAUUCCGCGACCGGAAGAGCUGCAGGCAUGAGAAGCCAGAUUGCGCUCGUGUCCGCGGCUCUGCUGGCUCUCUGCUGCCUGCUGAUCCCCAAACGAGGGGAGAGCGCCGGGGGGAUCGUGUCCUGGUCGCGGAGGGAAGGAGACGAGCCAGAAGGGGUUUCGCUCCGGGAUGAGCCCGGGAGCAAGGCAGACCAAGUGGAGGGCAUCAACGGCGAGGCCACAGCGGAAGCAGGUAAUUUAGGCCGAGCGAAGAGAGCGCCACAGGAGGGCAAAAAGAAGAAAAAGGACAAGAAAAAGAACAAGGGGCCUAAAGACCCCAAUGCCACCAAGAAACCCAAAAGUGACAAGAAGGGGAGGAAGAAGGGCAGGCAAAGGACGACGACGACAACUCUUCCACCCACCACGACAGCUAUCCCGACCGAAACGUCCAUACAAACCGACCCUGAUUACAUAGAGUACGCCUACCCCGACGUCGACGAUGACUACUGGAAGCCCGACGACGACUACUGGGAGGCCGAUCCCACUCCGGCCAGUCCAGCGUCGGAGGUCACAGGUCUUCCGUACGACGGCUGGAAGCCGGAGGAGGAAGACCCACUCGCUCCAGUGGCAGAGGAUGAUUUGGAUUGGGAUCCGGUGAAGAAAGACCCAAAACCCCCAGUGACGGAAACCGAAGACGAAUACUGGAAAGCAGAAGAAAAAGACCCAUCACCUCCAGUGACGGACACCGAUGAGAAGUACUGGAAACCAGAAGAGGAAGACCCAUCACCUCCAGUCACAGACCCUGAAGAAGAACACUGGGAACCAGAAGAGAAAGACCCAUACACUCCGAUAACGGACGCUGAAGAAGAAUACUGGGAACCAGAGGAAAAAGAUCCCUCACCCCCAGUGACGGACGCUGAAGAAGAAUACUGGGAACCAGAAGAGAAAGACCCAUACACUCCAGUCACAGACACAGACGAAGACUACUGGAAACCAGACGAAAAAGAUCCGUCUCCAACAGAGACCGAUGACUAUGAAGUCGACUGGAAAGAGGUGGACCCGACACCCGCUGGCCCAAAGCUUGACGAGAAGACCGCCACGGAUGACGGUGAUUACUGGGAUUCCACAUUUGCGGUGCCAGAGAAAGUUCCAGUCCCGGAUGGCGAAGAAGUCGGCCCCGAAAUCAAAGUAGAAACUCUCACAGAAGAGACGACAAACACGCCACCCUAUGAGGACACUUGGUACGAUGAGUACGACGAAUACGGGAUGAGGAAAAAGGAAGGCGAAACCGAUGACAAAUGGAUGGAGAAGGAAAGAGAGCGAGCACAAAAAGAAAGGGAGAGGGAACAGAGAGAGAGAGCACAGAAACUGAAGGAGGCCGAGGAGCGUGCCAGGAACAGACCACGUGUCUACAAAGAGCCAAAAAAAUGUCCUCCCCUGGGGAUGGAGUCCCACAGGAUCGAGCCCGAUCAGCUAUCCGCCUCCUCGAUGUCUCAGUAUGAUUUUGCACCUCAGAGGGCACGCCUCAACAUGCAGGGCUCGGACGACGAAGACCACCCCCGAGGCGGAGCAUGGUGCGCUAACUCAGAGGACAGAGUCCACUGGUUUGAAAUUGACGCUCGCAGGGAGACCGAGUUCACAGGAGUCCUAACCCAGGGUCGAGACUCGCAGAAUGAGAGCGACUUUGUGACGUCAUACUUCCUGGCUUUCAGCAAUGACAGCAGGGAGUGGACAACCAUCCAUGAUGGAUACGCUGACUGGCUGUUUUUUGCAAAUAGCGAUCAAGACACUCCGGUCUUGAACCAGCUGGCGGAGCCGGUAGUGGCCCGCUACAUCCGAAUCAUCCCGCAAAGCUGGAACGGCACACUGUGUAUGCGACUGGAGGUUCUGGGCUGCCCGUUGCCCGAUCCAGAUGUUGUCCAGUACAGGCAAAAUGAAGUGACUCCAGUAGAUUAUCUGAAGUUCAAGCAUCACAGCUACUCAGAAAUGGUGGCACUUAUGAAGUCAGUGCACGAAGAGUGUCCCAAAAUCACCAGCGUCUACAGCCUCGGCCGCAGCUCCAAGGGACUGGACAUCAUGGCCAUGGUGAUUUCUGGCAACCCCACGGAGCAUGAAAUAGGUGAGCCGGAAUUACGCUACACAGGCGGUCUCCACGGUAACGAGGCGGUGGGCCGGGAAAUGAUCCUGCUUCUCAUGCAGUACCUGUGCAAGGAAUACGGGGACCGAAACCCCCGAGCUCAGCAGCUGGUGGAUGGAAUACGCAUCCACUUGGUGCCAUCGCUCAACCCUGAUGGACACGAAGAAGCCUUUCAAGCAGGCUCAGAGCUGAGUGGAUGGACCACCGGCCACUUUACCAACGAUGGAUUUGACAUUUUCCAGAACUUUCCAGAUCUAGGCAGCAUCCUAUGGGAUGCAGAAGAAAGGGGCAUGGUGCCCAAACUAUUCCCCAACCACCACGUUGCCAUACCUGACCACUUCUUGCAAAACAGCUCUAUUGCAGUAGAAACCAGGGCCAUCAUCUCUUGGAUGGAAAGCCACCCGUUUGUGUUGGGCGCAAACCUUCAGGGUGGCGAGUCAUUUGUGGCCUACCCAUACGACAAUGUACGUGCCAACAAGCCUGCUGAGGACAAGCCCCACAGCCGGAAGAAGAGACAGUAUGAAGAAGAGGGCUACGAUGUGACGGAGUGGGGACACGGAUACCGGGUUGAGCCGGAUCACGAGUGGAGGGACAGAGGCUAUCUAGACCGUGAGGGGUGGAGGGGGCACGGCUACGAACAGGGUCACGGAUACGACCAGGGACACAGCUACGACCGCGGCCAAGGCUACGACCGCGGCCAAGGCUACGACCAAGGCUACGACCACGGCCAAGGCUACGACCGCGGCCAAGGCUACGACCGCGGCCAAGGCUACGACCAAGGCUACGACCACGGCCAAGGCCACGACCAAGGCCAAGGCCACGACCACGGCUAUGAUCCCAGCUACCACCAGGGUUACGACAACAGAGAGGAAGACGACGACAGGGAGAGAAGCGGCGGCUACCAUUACGGUGAACCCGAGGAAGAGGUCCGAGAGAUUGCAGACGAAUCGCUCUUCAGGUGGUUAGCUGUAUCCUACGCCUCCACACAUCUGACCAUGACGCACAACUACCACGGGUCCUGUCACGGGGACGUCGCUGCGGGAGCCCACGGCAUCAUCAACCGAGCCAAGUGGAAGCCAAUCACCGGAAGCAUGAAUGACUUUAGCUACCUGCACACCAAUUGCUUGGAGCUGUCCAUUUUCCUGGGCUGUGACAAGUUCCCUCAUGAGAGCGAGCUGCAGCGAGAGUGGCAGAAGAACCGAGAGGCCAUGCUCAUCUUCAUGGAGCAGGUUCACCGUGGCAUUCGUGGCAUUGUGAAGGAUGAGCAGGGCAACCCGCUUGCAAACGCCACCGUGUCUGUCGAGGGGAUAAACCACGACGUCACCACAACUUCAACCGGAGACUACUGGCGGCUACUAAACCCUGGCGAGUACCGCGUAACGGCCAAAGCUGAGGGCUUCGCCUCCUUGACCAAACUUUGUGUGGUGGGUUACCAGGCAGGGGCGACCACCUGCAGCUUCAACUUGGCCAAAUCCAACUGGGACCGCAUUAAACAAAUUUUGGCUCUUCAUGGCAACAAGCCAAUCCGCCUGGUCAGCCAUGGCAACACUAUUGUCCAGCCCCCAAUUGUCACCAGCAAUGGCCGUGUGGUUAAUGGCAACAGUGGGAUCUCACAAAACGCCCAACUAAGCAAGGAACGGUUGAGGAGACUGAAGAUAGCUCGCAUUCGCCGCCUGCGACAGCAGAAGCUGAUGCGCUUUAAAUCAACGACAACCACUACGCUACCACCGACGACUACCACAAUUCCCACAACGCCGGAGAUCACCACAUCCUGGUACGACUCAUGGCUAAUAGAAGAGGGACAAUCAUCCACUCCUGGUGGCUUCACAGACUCCAUCCUGGACUACAAUUACGAGUACAAGAUUGAAGACUAUUGAAGAAAACUCACCGCGUUCGUACCCGUGAUGUUCUCUGAGCUACAACAAUCCAGAAAUCAUUCACCCAGCUAAGCCGUACAGUUCAGUGUACUUGACUGCGGGUAAAUUAUACGGCAGAAAGGAAAUACUGUCAGUUACGUUAAUAGUGUGACAUCACAGCAGAGCGGUGCAAUCGUCCGUCAAUUCAUAACCAUAAACUAGGAAAAACAAAACAAAAAAACAAAAAACAAAAAGUGAUGGGUUAAAUGUAUGUAGCGGCUCCCAACCACUACCAUAAUGCACCACACCAAAUGGUAUUGUAUGGAUAAUUUAUUUUCGGUACCCAUAACAAAUAUUUACAAAGGAAACGCAACUGAACAGAACUGACACAAACUGUACUGCUUGGUGGUAACAGGGCUUUUGAAUAAACAAUGUUCACAUCUGCAACUUUAAAUCUUUAACAAUUGUAUAUUGUAUAACACUAGAAAAUUAAUCAUCUUUUCUGUGUGUUCAUGCUGCGUCUUUCUGACACAAUAUUCAGUCUUUUUAUACGUGAAUUGUUUUUUAUUGCAGAUGCACAUUAAAACCAACUUUUUUUUUUUUUUUUUUUAAUUCAAGAUGUAAUUAUUGACACUGUCGUUCUCCAUGAAAUAUACAUUUUACAGUAUGUCACUGAAGAUUUAAGAUGGCCGGCAGAUCUCAUGUGGAAGUUGUUUCAAAUCAAUAAAGGCUUUCACAGA